AUGGCGGAGUUCCCCAAGCACCCAUUCCUGCUCACCGUUGAAGAGACUGAACGGGCCCUCGGAACCAAUGUCGAUCGAGGAUUGUUGUCGGAGCAGGUUUCUGACCUGCAGUCGAGAUAUGGCAAGAAUGAACUCGACGUCGGCGGAACUAUACCGUGGUAUAGUAUCCUCGCAAAACAAAUACUCAAUGCCAUGAUCAUUGUUCUCGUCUUUGCCAUGGCCCUCAGCUUUGGUAUCCAAGAUUACAUUGAAGGAGGUGUCCUCGCCUGCGUCAUCCUCCUCAAUGUCACCAUAGGCUUCUGGCAGGAGUACCGCGCGGAAAAGCGCAUGGACGCUCUCCGCGCUUUGUCUUCUCCCAGCGCCAUGGUCCUUCGCGAUGGCCACACUCAGGUCAUUCCCAACUCCGAAGUCGUCCCCGGAGACAUUGUCCUCCUCAAAAUGGGCGACACCGUCCCCGCAGACCUCCGCCUCUUCGAAGCCAUGAACCUCGCCUGCGAAGAAGGCCAGCUCACCGGCGAAUCCAUCCCGGUCGAGAAAAUCACUUCAAACCACAUCACCGCCCACGGCUCCGAAACGGCCGCUACCUCUGAAGGUGAGGUCGGCAUCGGUGACCGCAUCAACAUGGCCUACGCCACCACCGUCGUGCAAAAGGGUCGCGGCAGGGGCAUCGUCGUCGCCACCGGUAUGGCUACUGAAGUAGGCAAGAUCGCUGCCUCGACGUCCAAGAAGAGCCGCAAGGCUGGGCGUUCGAUGAAUUGGCGCAAGUAUGGUAAGAAGCAGCCUGUCGUUGGCUUGUCGAAGCGCAUCUACGACUUUGUAGGCAAGUUCUUGGGCCUCACGGUGGGAACGCCGUUGCAGCGCAAGUUGUCGGCCCUGGCCUAUCUUCUCUUUGGCUGUGCCGUGAUUCUCGCCAUGAUUGUCUUUGGUGUUAAUCACUUUAACAUGCGACACGAAGUCAUCAUCUAUGCAACCUCGUUAGGCAUCGCUAUCAUCCCCGAGUCUCUUGUUGCUGUCCUGACAAUCACAAUGGUCGUCGCCGUCACAGUCAUGCGCAAGGCCAACGUCGUCGUCCGCGAUCUCUCGGCCCUCGAAGCCCUCGGCGGCGUCACCAACAUCUGCUCCGAUAAGACCGGAACAUUAACCGAAGGCGCCAUGAUUGUGCGCCAGGCAUGGAUCCCUUCUUCUCACGUCUACACUAGCAAAGACGAGACUCCGCAGGAGCCUGUGGAAGAGAAGACGCGCGACUUUGAUAAGGAGCGCAGUGCUGCUGUGCUCAAGUUCGAUGUCCCAGAUGAGAAACUAAAUAUUUCGUCGUCGAAGCAGCCGCAAAGUCCGGAGCCGGAGACUAAGAUGACAGACGAGCUGCGCGCGUUCCUACUCUCCUCUGCGCUUUGCAAUCUUGCUACCGUGAGAUUCGACCAGGAAGAGGAAAAGUGGCAGACUACUGGCGAACCAACUGAGAUUGCGCUACAAGUCUUUGCCCAUCGCUUCAACCACGGCAAGAAGACUCUUGAAGGAGAAGGAUGGAGGCAAGUCGCCGAAUUCCCCUUUGACAGCUCUAUUAAGCGCAUGUCGGUUAUCUACAACGCCCCUGAAGCUGAAGGCAGUUUCAUUGCUGGCUCGGAGAAUAGCAUCGUCUUUACGAAAGGUGCUGUGGAACGUAUCCUUGACAUGUGUGCCUUUGCCGGCAUUGGCGAAUCUCAGCAGCCCAUGACAGACGAGCUCAAGGAAUCUGUGCUCGGGCAGAUGAACGCUCUCGCAUCGCAGGGCCAACGCGUUCUUGCUGUGGCCUCGAGCUCUGCCGAGGAAGACGAUAAACUACGCUCAACAGUCGAGCAAAACCUCGUCCUUCUCGGUCUUGCCGGCAUCUACGAUCCUCCUCGUAGGGAGACUAAGCCUUCUAUUGCCGAGUGCUCUCAAGCUGGCAUCAAAGUCCACAUGCUUACUGGUGACCACCCGGAGACGGCCAAAGCCAUUGCCAAAGAAGUCGGCAUUAUCCCUCGAAACCUCAAUAUCCUGCCCGAAAGCGUCGCGGCAUCUGUCGUGGUCAAGGCUACGGAGUUUGAUAAGAUGACAGAUGCCGAGAUUGAUGCGUUGGAGGAGCUUCCGCUAGUCAUUGCGCGCUGUGCUCCGGAUACCAAGACCCGCAUGAUUGAGGCCCUUCGUCGGCGUGGAGCCUUCAUGGCCAUGACGGGAGACGGCGUCAACGAUGCGCCGUCCCUUUCUCGGGCAGAUGUCGGCAUCGCCAUGGGCUCAGGCUCCGAUGUAGCCAAGUCCGCGGCCAAGAUUGUCCUCACCGACGACAAGUUCAACUCCAUCGUGGCCGCUAUCCGAGAGGGCCGCCGCAUGUUUGACAACAUCCAGAAGUUUGUGCUGCACCUGCUCACGUCAAACGUAGGCGAAGUGAUUCUCCUCGUCGCGGGCCUCGGCUUCGUCGACGACAUGGGCUUCUCCGUGUUCCCCGUGUCCCCCUUGCAAAUCAUCUGGAUCAACAUGGCCACGUCGUCGUUCCCGGCGUUUGGGCUGGGUCGCGAGGCCGCGGCCCAGGAGGUGAUGCGCAAGCUGCCGCAGGACAAGAAGCGAGGCGUCUUCACCAACCAGAUCAUCGUCGACAUGAUUGUCUACGGCAUCCUGAUGGGGGCGUGCACGCUCUGCACGUUCUGCAUCAUCAUCUACGGGGCCAACGGCGGGAACCUCGGUUACGACUGCAAUACAAAGUUUUCCGACGCCUGCAUCCCCGUGUUCCGCGCUCGAGCGGCGACGUUUGCGCUCCUGACGUGGCUCAUCCUCAUUUCCGCGUGGGAGUUCAAGAGCCUCCGCCGGUCCAUGUUCCGCCUCAACCCCAACGACGACAGCUUCUUCCCCUUUUUCAGAGACAUUUACAGCAACCGGUUUCUGUUUUGGUCCGUCAUCAUCGGCAGCUUGUCCGUGUUCCCCGUCGUCUACAUCCCCUUCCUCAACACCCGCUUCUUCAAGCACACGGGCAUCUCCUGGGAGUGGGCGCUCUCCGUGGGAUUCACGCUGGUAUUCGUGACGGGCAUCGAGCUGUGGAAGCUCGCCAAGCGGCGCUUCCGGCUUCUGGAAGACGGUGCCGUGCAGAGGGGCCACUGGGGCCAAGGGGGUCCGGAAGACGACGGACCAAGAUUCAAGAGGACGUUUUCCAUGUCGAGCUUCAAGACAUGGGUGUCGUUCUCGAGGAGGGAGACAGGGGAUAGUGUCAUGAUGCGAGCGACUACUCAGCCUCGCGUAGCACAUGUACCGGUACAGGUAUGA